AUGGCUGUAUACUCUGUCUUUAAGGAAUUGCAGGCAGAGUCUGCAAGCUCGGUCCUUCGUCUGCAUUUUUCUCCAAACCACCACUGCGAGUGCAGUGUUCAUGUUUUGCCUCUAAAUCCCCAAGACUUUUGCCGGCUGGGGAUAUUUGCAUGGGUGGAUCAAUCUGAUGAAAGGGCGCAGCGGUGUUUGCACAGCGCGGACGGAAGCGCUGGCGGCGGCCCCGGGGCGCUGGGCGUGCGGCGGUGGGGCAGCAAUAACAAGGUACGAGCUUCCCCGUGCGGGCAGCAGGGAGAGGCCGAGCGCUUAAAUCGCAGCCUCCGGCUCUGGUUGAGGUGCUCUGAUGAGCACUGCCGCGGUGGUGGUGGCGGCGAGAGGCUGUCCUUCCAUGUCCACUCUCUUGUUUGCAGGUAUAACCUGCCUCUGGCGAAACCCCUGACUCUAAGCCUCCCCCUGACUCCAAAUGAGUUUAACGAUAACGAAGCGUGUGUGUGCGGAAUACUGUGGAUUGUGACCAUGCACCAGAACCAGAAAACCUGUGAUGAGGCCAAGCCUUGUGAUAUGACCCCAGCUCCUGCUUAUCACACGUGCACUGCAGUGGUUGGGACCCUUUCUGGUGCUCCCAAUAUUCAUCAGAAGCAACUUAGAAGGAACGAUGAGAGAGCAAAGCUCUUCUGGAUUCACUUGAAGACUGACACAUGGACAUGUUUCCAUUGAAGUUGCUACAGGUGAUAGGAGUUUUCUUCUGAAGACUGACAAAAGGGCUGGA